AUGUCGUCGUCUUCGUUGUAUCAUCCCUUUUGUCUCUUCCUAUCCUCUCUCAUCUUGCUCCUCCUUCAUUUCUCCGGCGACGUUCUCUCCGUCGCUGUAACUGUCUCGCCAAACGUACCUAAAGUUGCUCCAUCUAAAGCCGUCGCAUCUAGACCUGCCACACCUAAAACUGUCCCAUGUAGAGCUGCCGCAUGUAGACCUGGCGCAUCUAAAGCUGGCGCAUCUAAAGCUGGCGCAUCUAAAGGUGGCGCAUCUAAAGGUGGUGCAUCUAGAGGUGGUGCAUCUAGAGCUGGCGCAGCUAGAGGUGCUAUAUCUAGAGGUGCUACACGUGCGGUGAACAUAAGAAGAAGGAAUAAACAAUUGAUGGAGUUCUUAAACGCGCACAACAUAGCCCGUGUAGCUUCAGGCGCGACGAAUCUCAAAUGGGACCUAGACCUAGCCCGUUACGCAAGCAACUGGGCAAAACAACGUAUGUCAGACUGUAAAAUGACACAUUCAGAUGGGCCCUACGGAGAAAACAUAUUUUGGUACCAAAAUGGCAUGAACUGGCCGCCGAGAAAAGUUGUAACGAAAUGGGUGGAAGAAAAUGUGAACUACAAUCGGGUCACCAACACAUGUGCGCCUGGCAAGAUGUGCGGUCAUUAUACACAGAUCAUAUGGCGUACAACCACAACCGUUGGAUGUGCACGUACCAAGUGCAACAACAAUCUUGGCUUUUUAGUGGUUUGCGAGUAUGCACCUAGUGGAAAUUUCGAAGGCGAAACUCCUUUUGAUUAG